GCCCAUAAGAAUAAGAACACGAACGAGAAAAGGAAUCAAAGGAGGCUACAACACGUCGCUCCUGUCGGCUCCCUCGUCCAUCUAUGGCCCCUCCGCCGCCGCCUGUAGUCCCGGCCUCGCCGGGCGCCCAGUACGCCCAGCAGUUCCUGAGCACCGUCCUCUCUCAGCGCGGGCCGGCGGCGCUGCCGUACACGGAGGACGCGAAGUGGCUGAUCCGGCAGCACCUGGUGGCGCUGGCCGAGUCCUACCCCUCUCUCCACCCGAAGGCCUCCGCCUUCACCCACAACGACGGCCGCACGGUGAACCUCCUCGAGGCGGAGGGCACCAUCCCCAUAGUGUACCAGGGCGCCGUCUACAACAUCCCCGCCGUGAUCUGGCUCCUCGAACCCUACCCCCGCUCCCCGCCCGCCGUAUUCGUCGCCCCGACCCGCGACAUGGUCGUCAAGCCCGGCCACCCCCACGUCGACAGCUCCGGCUCCGUCCUCAUCCCCUACCUCCGCUCCUGGGUCUUCCCCUCCUCCAACCUCGUCGACCUCGUCCGCUCCCUCUCCCACCUCUUCGGCCUCGAUCCCCCCCUCUACACCCGCCAAAACCCCAAUAAUUCCACUACCCCUAACCCUACCCCUAAUCCCUCCUCUUCCCAUCACCCCUCCCCAUCCCCAUCCCCAUCCCCAUCCCCUUCCCCCACUCCAUCCUCGUCAUCUUCGUCGUUUCCAUCACGGAUCUACUCAUCUUUGUCGCCCUAUGGCGGGCGAUUCCCGCCCUCGCCGCAGGCGGCGGCGACGAGACGGACCGAGGACGCGGCCGAGGUCUACCGCCGCAACGCGAUCAGCAAGGUUGUCGAUAUGGUGCAUGACGAAAUGGCGGGUUUACGGAGAGCGCGGGAGGCGGAGAUGGAGGGGCUGUUCAGUACCCAGGCGGAGUUGAGGCGGCGGGAGGAGGAGCUUUCUAGGGGGUUGAGGGACAUGUUGGAGGAGAAGGAGGGAUUGGAGCAGCAGCUGCAGCUGAUUCUGAUGAAUACGGACGUGUUGGAGGGUUGGGUGAGGGAGAAUGAGGGAAGGAGGCGGAGGGCUGGGGAUGUCAAUGUGGAUGAUGCGUUUGAGCCUGCGGAUGUGCUGUCGAGGCAGAUGCUGGAGUGCACGGCGGCGGAUUUGGCAGUGGAAGACACGAUUUACUCGCUGGACAAGGCAGUGCAGGAGGGGUCGAUCCCAUUCGAUAUGUAUCUGAAGAGCGUGAGGGCAUUGUCGAGGGACCAGUUCUUCCAUCGAGCGAUGUUGGCCAAGGUGCGGGCUGCACAGGUGCAGGCUCAGGUCACGAGUAUGGCAGCCAGGUUGCCACAGUAUGCUUCGUAGAGGAAAGUGGCUGAUGGGACCUACCUGAAGCCUAUCAGACUUUGUCAUUGAUGAGGAGGUUGCACCAAUUAAAGCUGCUACUUUCAGAGCAAUAGAAAAAAAAGCAACUACUAGUGUGUGAGGCUAGGAGGAGGAAAGGGGAUCAUGUGUCUCUUUCAUCCAAAAUCAGGCAUGACCUUGCAUCUUGGAUGGCUCCUAUAGUAUGAAAGAAAGAAUUACUCUUUUUUUUCAUUUUUUAUACCUCCCUUGCAUGUUUACCACACCCAAUACAUUUGAUUCGUAAAGCGACCGGUAAUUCGUAGCCUUCCAAGGAAAUCAGUGAUUGUGAUGACUUUUUUUUUUCCAAAUUUUUCAAUCAUAUUUAGUUGAUGAUUUGUUGGCAGAUGUUUUCGCAGCACUGCUACACACAGUAUCUUGAAAAGUACUGGCUGUCAAUGGUGGGAUUUGUAUAUAUGCCUCAGUUUGUAAGAGAAUUCCUAAAUAUUUUCUUCUAGAAGUUUUUAUUAUAGCCUGCACUGUGUUGUACAUGUCCAGAUGCAUGUAUGUUUCGACGAAGAGGAUAAUGUUUUUUGCAAAAACUAUGCAUUAGUUUCUCUCAUUUUUUAGGUGUUGGUUUUGAUAUAAGAUAAGUUCCAUCAAUAUAAUGGUGUUGAAUGGAGUGGUUUGAUAGAGAAAAUGGAGUUGAAUUGUGGAUAGUCACAAGUGAUUGAGGCCACGUGACCUCUUAGUUGCAUUUAUUAUGGAGUUGUUCAAUAAGAUGUGCCCAAGGUGGAGAUGGGAGGGAUUCAAAGGCCAUCCAAAAUUCAUUAUUGUUUGACUUACAUUGGUCAUAUGUAAGUUUAUGAUACUUUCUGUUCCUUGAGUGAUUAUGAGAGUUUCUGUGGCAUCAAAUUCUUUUGUAAUUUCAUCUAGGUGCAUGUUUGUUGGAUGUUGUGAGGUAAAUAAGAGGUUUUUUUAGUUCUUUGAGCUGUAUCCAUUUUGAAGAUAGAUAAUGAUUGUUGUUGUAGUUGGUUGUAAGUAGAGCCGAUCAUGGGCCGAGCCUUGGGCCUAAACUAUAUUCAUUUUUUGUCAGGCUCCGAACCGAGCCUAUUUAAAAUUUGACAUUUUAUGUGCCAAAGCCCAACCCAUGAUCAACUCUAGUUGUAAGUUCUAUAUUUUCUUUUAGGUAGAAAGAGGUAUCUGUAGCCCCGAGAAUGCAAAUUCCUCUUUCUUGGAGGGGGUAAUUUUGAGGCCUUCUGCAAUGUCUUUUGUACUCUACAUUUGUUAAAAUGUUGUGAAAAUUAGUCUAAAGAUGCUUAAUGGUACAAGAUGCGAGAUCUCAUAAAUUUGGAAUCUUGAAGAUCAAUUGAAGCUUAAGUAUUUCUUUAGGUGUAAACUUUUAGGAAGCAUGAAUGAUUAGGAGGUUCUAAUUGACUGGUGCUUGGAGCUUGAUCUUAAGUUACAUCAAAUCCUAAUACAUGUCUAAUGGUCAAGGAGUAGAUUUUGAAGAAUUUGUUUAGGAUUUCUAUUUUUUUUGUUAAUUGAUUUAGAAGUGUAUCUCCUGUGGCCUUAAGUUCUUUUUGGUUUAAGUAUCCAUCAAGAUUGCUUUGAUUUGGACUAGGUGUCUUAUUUUGCAAUUAAAAAAUAUUUCUCAAAAUGUCUUAAGUUUAUACUGUUGGAAGAAUCUGUUUGGAUUGCUUUGAUUUAAAACUAGCGUGAGAUGUUAAUGUGUUAUCAGUGGCCUUGAGUUGUAGAUUUGUUAUGAUCAAGGUUAGUACUGAUGCUUGGUUAGGGUUUAGGGAUUUUAUUUUUGUAGGCUCUUUAUAAGGGUGGAUUUAAUUUAUAGGUUACAUUUAGCUUGUAGUACAAUUUUUUGGUGGAUCCCUGAUGCUCUUUAUCUGCCUCUAGUCGUUUUUUAAUACCAAAUUCUUUUUAUUAUUUACUUUUUUCCUUUGUAGGCAUUAGCUCAUUGCUCCUUAAACACAUCACCUUCAUAAUGGACCCAUGCUAGUUGGUAAAUCAAAAGUUCCAACCAAUCAUAUAAAAUCCCUUAUGAUGCUCACAUUGGUGAUUAUUGAGUAAUGGAUAUCGAAUUGCACGACUUUAUAUGUUUAGAUAAGGAUCUACAUGAUUUGAGCUCGAGCAAGCUGGAGCAUGAGCUUGGUUCAAUGGUCAGUAGCCCUAGCCUAAGCUUAGCUCGUGUUCGUUGUGAGCUCCAAAGGCUCUGGUUGAAUUCGGCUUUUUUUUGGGUCAAUCUAAAGUUUUUUCUAUGGUCUACCAUAUCGAUGCGUACCAGCCGGUACGGGUCGGUACGUACCAGUCCUGCCUCGGACUGGUACCGGAUCAGUGUGGAAUCCGGUACCGAUAGCUUAUCGCUAGAAAAUCGGUACGGGACCAGUAUUGGAUUAGCGUGGAUCAGCAUUGAAUCCGAAACCGGUACGGGACCGGUACGGAACCGGUUCGGGCCGCCACCGAUACGCCAACCGGAACCGGGUCAGCGGACCUUGGUUUUUCCCAUUAAAAUCAGCUCGCUUUGUAAGGUUGGGCUGGAGGAUGAAAAUGGGAUGGAGGUGAUGAGUGAUGGUGAUCAGUCCUAACAAGGAUCACUAGCUCUCGAGUUUUGGCAAUCGAAAACCAGCAACAAGGACUUCUUCCCCAUCUCUCUCUCUCUAUUAGAUCUAUAGGCUAAGACAUCGAUGUUAGUGAGAUGGAGAAGCGGCAGAUGGUUUCUCCUCUAGUUUCUCCAUCGCCACUAGCAACAAAGCGAGGUCAAAGGCUCAGAGUCUUGGAGGAGGGAGAAAUAGAGAAGAGAGAGAGAGAGACAAGCAUGAUGGGAGUGGUGGCGUUGAGCAACUUAGGAAUGCUAAGGCUAAGAAAACUGGAGCUUUCCAAAUGCAAAAGUUUUAAGGAGUUUGUUGGUUAAUCCAUUUUAGCCAUUGGAGAGGUACUUAGUAGCCAAAGAUGAGGAAUAUGAAUGGCUUUUUCACUUUCUUUUGAAAUCUUCACUCCCACUUCAUAAGAAGGGAUGCCUUGGUUGAAGUCCGGUUCUUUCAUUGAGGUGAUUGGAAAAAUCAAGAUGUGUGGAAAUGGGCCCAGUAGCCUUGAGAGGACUAUGAAUUUGAGUCUUUAAUAUCUCACCUACUAGGUCCGGGUCAUUAGGCUGAUAUCUAGUGAUUGGAAUCCUCUUUUAAUAACGAGCAGUAUAUUGACAUAUCAAAAUAAUUAUAAAAAUUACAUUUUACUUAAUAAAUUGUAGUUAAAUUAAUAUAUUAUUUCAAUCUUAGCUGAGCUCAAUCUACACGGAUCGGAAAGAUCUUGCCCAGCUUAAGCUAAGAUCUCGGGCUUAAGCUCAGCUCAUUUACUAAUGAAGCAAGCUCGUGUCGAGCCAUAUUUUGAAGCCUAAUCACAAACAGCUCGGCCAUUUGACAGCACUCCAUUUGAGUGAUCCGUGAAACAUAGCCAUGCACAUGGAUUUAAGUAUGGCAUGGUGUAUCCAUGAUAGUUAUAGGCUGGCAUGACACCUGUUGUACCAUACAAUGUUAUGUCUGUCACAUGCUGUGGCCCAAAUAGAAAAGUAAGGUUCUAUACCAAUCAAUAUGAACCAAAUCAUGUUGGCUCAGAAUGUACAGUCUAAGAACUUUGUAUUUUUCCCCUCAUUUGCGACUUUGUCCAUUUCAAAACAAUCAUGCAUCCCAAACCAGUAACAUCGUUCAAGCUUGAUGACACGAUAUCAUGUCUGGAAGAUGGUCUCAUGGAGAUCAUUAAGUUGCAUCUUUCUCUGGUAACUCUUGCUCAAUGGAGUCCGCUUACAUCAUCUCAACCACCUUCAUUGGCGAAAAAACACACUGUAAUAUCUUUUUAACAUCUAAACUUGCAUUUUGCAAGCUGCAAAAAAACAUAUGCCUACAAAGGCAGGUGUCAAAUAGAGUUUGGGAUCUGAUGCCUAUGCUUCUAUGUGCACCCUAUCUACUGCAAAUGGAUUUCUGGACAUAUGGAGGCGCAACAAAGAAGAGGUGUCCAAGAACUUUGAGAAGUGCGCAAGCAUAUAACAACGGCUGUGGUUAUUUAAAGAUUAAAACCUAGUAGGAGCUAAAUCUCUGGGAAAGCCCUAAAGCAAAGCUAGUGGAAGUGAGGAUUUGAGAUAGAAUUAAAUGGUGGAACCUAGAAGGACAAGGACUAAGCACAUAUAUCUAAUUCAAAUAAUUUUAGCUAAUACUACUGGUUUAAGGCAAAAUAGUGACAUGUUUAUCUACUUGUUAAAAGUUGAAACUUGAAACCAUACUAAGGAGAUAGGGACCUUGUCCUUAUAGUUUUUAGAACUAAAGCCUUGAGAGUAGAGAGCUAAGGAAGAAAUCAGGGAUUGAAUUUUGGCUUAGAUAGAUCAGUUUCUCCUUGAAAUGAUUAGAAAUUAACCAAAAUUUUUGGUUUCGACCAGUUCCAGCCGAAAUUGAAGAUACAUCCUAUUUCAUUCAUAAUAUUGAUAUUGAAUGUAUUUUGAGGUCAUUUCUUCAUUAAUGUAAGUAACUUUGGACUAACUAAUGACAAGUUUAGGCUAUCUUUUCUUAUUUCAGUUAAAAGUAAGAAUGUUUGCAGAUGGCAAAUCUGAGCCACUGGAAACAAGUACUUUGUUAACAUUAACCAUAAAUUUUCGGAUGUUUUUUUAAAAAAAUAAAUCCAUUUGGGUGUUUGGCUCUAAGAAAUUUCAAGAAAAGUUUUUUUUCUACAUAUGAAAUCUCUUGGUUCCUUAAGAUAUUUUUUGAGGAGAAAAUGCCGGGCUCAUCACAGGAUAUAAGUUUGGGUUUGCUAGAUCUUAAAUAUUCAAUAUAUUUUGAUGAGAUAUAUCCAGUCAUGGUCUUUUUAAUACCCUCUAGAUUGUAACCUCUAGAUUGUAAGUUACAUGCCAGUACUUGAUAUGUCAUAUGGUUGAAAUCAUUAUUUCAAAUUUCAAAUUGAUACAUGGUUCUAUGCUAGUAUAUUUUACUAUUAUAAUGCUUACCUUAUUAGCUGUUCAAGAAUUAGAUUAUUAUCAAAUUAUAGUUUUUCAACACUUCAUUCGUUUUCCAAGAUUUUUACAAUUGGCCAUACUUUCAGGCAUGUAGCAUGUAAAAUAAAAAGAAACCAUAAACUUGAUGAUUACAAACAAUAGAAGGUUCUUCAAAACUAUUUAAUGUAUGUUUCAUUUGCUUAUUUCAAGUUUCUCUUAUUUUUUCCUUUUUUAAUCUCUUCUUCAUUUUUAUCCCAGCAGCAACUUUAAAACUUAAGUUGAACCACCAAAACAACUUAAACUGUGGGAAACAAAACUUGGCAAGGCUGACUAACACCAAACUGAAUCUUCGAACCUUGGAAGCAAUUUGGUAACUUGAUAUUUCAAAAGAAGAUAUUGUUGUUAUUUAGCAGCUGAUUUAGUUAAAUGGACAUUGUGCUAAAGU